AAAUUACCAUACUGCCCUUCCCAGAAGCGGGCCGCACAGCUCGAUAACCAUUUCACCUUUCUGACCAUGAUACAAACCUCAAAACCCUAAACUAGUCACAGUCCACUCCGACUGUCACUGAGCUCCAACAAUGGCGACGCAAAUGGCGAUCCUCGCACGCACGCGAACGCUGGCCAAAACCCUAAACCCGAACCCGGGAUUCAAGACCAUCACAACCUUCUCAUUUCUCUCGCAGGAGCUCCAACUCGCCGAGCCAACUCAUCCCAUCCCCUCGACCCCUCUCCCUCCGAACCCAGCCUCCGGAAGCCCGUUGUACAACGAGAACUGGCGAAACCCGAUCCCCAACUCGUCCAUGACUCCGUCUCUGCUCCCCAUAGGGUUCCUCAACCAAUCCCCUAGCUCUCGCAUCCAUGCCCUCUCGCAAACCCUAGACGUGCAGAGCCUAAUGAAUGUGUUCGCAGAUUGGAUGACCUCGCAGAGAUGGGCAGACAUGAAGCAGCUGUUCGAGUUUUGGAUUCGGUCUCUGGACAAGAACGGAAAGCCCAAUAAGCCCGAUGUGAACUUGUAUAACCAUUACUUGAGGGCCAAUUUGAUGACCGGAGCCUCACCUGGGCACAUGCUUGAUCUGGUCGGGCAUAUGGAGGACUAUGGCAUCACGCCCAACACGGCGUCGUUUAAUCUCGUCCUCAAGUCCAUGCACCAGGCCAGAGAGACCGAUGCAGCUGAGAAAUUGCUCGAAAGGAUGUUGCAGACAGGGAACGAAUCUCCGCCUGAUGAUGAGUCAUAUGACUUGGUUGUCGGCAUGCUGUUUCAAACGGACCGAAUUGAUGCGGCCUUGAAAUAUAUAGAUUUGACUUUAAAAUCUGGUUAUAUGUUGUCAAUGGCGGUGUUUAGAGAUUGUGUACAAGGCUGUGCCGAUAAGGGAAAGCUAGAUAUCUUGGUUUCAAUAAUUGACAAGUGCAAGUCAAUGGAUCAGAACAAAGCUCUUUGUCCGCCCUGGAAUAUGUGCAACUAUAUUGCAGAAGUUGCUCUGCAAGUUGAUAACAACAAGUUAGCAUUUCAUGCCCUGGAGUUUAUGGCCAAAUGGAUUGCCAGAGGUGAGCAAGCAAGACCUGCUGUUUUUCUUUCUGUAGAUGAAGGAUUGCUUGUGUCGGCACUCGCAACUGCCGCUAGGACGCACAGUACUACUCUACUGGAUGCAUCAUGGGCAAUCUUAAGGCGCUCAUUGCGCCAAAAGAAGGCCCCUAAUCCAGAAUCUUACCGUGGGAAAAUUUGUGCCCUUGCAUCGCUAGGGAGUCUACAAAGAGCUUUUAGUACUCUUCAUGAAUAUGAGUCUGCUUAUGGCAAUUCUGAUAAAGAAGAGGAACUGUUCUCUCCAUUUACCUCUUUACAUCCCUUGGUUGUGGCAUGCUCCAAGGGAGGUUUUGAAACUUUGGACUCAGUGUAUUAUCAACUAGAGAAUUUAAGCCGUGCAGACCCUCCUUACAAGUCUGUUGCUGCUUUGAAUUGCAUCAUAUUAGGUUGCGCAAAUAUCUGGCACAUCGAGCGAGCUUACCAAACUUUUGACGCAAUUAGUUCCAGCUUUGAAUUGACCCCUGAUAUUCAUUCUUACAAUGCUCUCAUGUAUGCUUUUGGAAAGUUCAAGCAGACUGUAGAAGCUUCAAACGUAUUUGGGCACUUGGUAAGUCUGGGCAUCAAACCCAACGCGAAGUCAUAUUCGUUACUUGUAGAUGCUCAUCUCGUCAACAAAGAUCCAAAAUCUGCUCUCUCUGUGAUUGAUGACAUGGUUAAUGCUGGAUUUGAACCAUCAAGAGAAACAUUGAAAAAGGUCAGAAGGAGAUGUAUGCGAGAGAUGGAUUAUGAGAGUGAUGAUCGUGUAGAUUCCUUGGCUAAAAGGUUCAGAAUUCAAUUGGGUUCAGAGACUCGCAGGAACAUUCUGUUUAAUCUCAAUUACAGCACUGGAUAUGCCUAAUAGAUAUGGGUUGGCUUCAUUCUGGUUUGGAAAUCUGAUUGCGAAAGUGAUUCACUUCGUACUCAUAUGUUCGUUCCUAUGUAACUUUCAUCCGCAUUGUAUAUUACCUGAUUGUGCUCCAUCAAGGCUUGGCAGGAUGAAUGCUAGGAUAAUAGCCUCCUAGAUCCUAAUUUUUUAAAAUAUUUUUUCUUUCUUAUGUAUUUCUUUUGCUUUUUGAGGGAAAAUGAAAGAGUAGGUUGUUAGACGGGAAAGGAAACCUCAAGUGUUGCCAAUAAUUGUAGGAAAAUGUUUUUUGCUCAA